AUGGCUACUAUGAACAGCACGGAUGUGCACGACUGGCAAGACCCUUAUCGGACUUCUACCAAUGUCAUCCUGGAGAUGCUAACCCUGUGUAUCAUGUGGAUCGGCUGUGUGUUCGGAAAUACCUUGGUGUGUGUGGUGGUGUAUCGAAGCCGUCGGAUGCAGAGCACCACUAAUUAUUUCGUUGUCUCUCUAGCGUGGGCCGAUCUUCUAGUUGCGUUUUUUUGCAUGCCGUUCAUCGCGUCCAGAGUUGUCACCGAGGAAUGGAUCUUCGGUGAUUUUAUGUGCAAGAUAGUUCGAUUUUUACAAAUCUUGGCGCCCGGCUCCACCGUGUAUGUACUCCUGGCUAUCGCGUUCGAUCGGUUCUACACCAUAAUCUACCCACUCAGCUUCAAAGUCACUCGCGGGAAAGCCAAACAGAUGAUCGCUGGCAGUUGGUUGUUCGCCGCAAUAAUCGCCAGCCCGUCAUUCUACUUGUACGGCGCCGUGACAUCAGACUACCCCCCUGGUACUAUAUUGUGUAACACGUACAUUCCACGCAGCGUUGGAGCUAUCAUAUACUCUGUGUUCAUAUUUCUGAUUAUCUUUCUCGUACCGGUUGUUAUCAUUCUGGUGGUUUACAUAAGAAUAUUUAAAUAUAUUUGGACUGUAGGGGUAGGUGGCAGGACAUUCCAGAGGACAAUGAACACGGUUCCGAGGACUAAAGUUAAGACAAUCAAAAUGCUUUCUAUUGUAAAUAUAUUCUAUUUUCUAUCUUGGGCGCCUUUCAUCUUUGUACAGCUGUGGUUCGCCUGUUCACACUCCACGUACAUCAACCCAACAGUGUACGUUGCCGUAACCUGGGUCUCAUUUGCAUCCAGUGUGUCUAAUCCCAUCAUUUACUCUUGCUAUAAUGCAAAUUUCCGACGUGGUUGCAAAGAAGUGUUCUGCAUGUCCAAUAUGCGAUGCUACCGUAGUAACACAUAUGCCAUAACAACCGCCUCUAGGUUCGGCAAAAAGAACCAUAUCGGUGUAGUCGACAUGAGCAAUGGAAAUGGACAUUAUCGUGCGAGUACGCCAACCAAAACAUUUGAUAGAGACUCGAAAGGUGACAAGAAAAUGGCCUGGCCGCUGGCUGCCAGACCUGGACCAGACACAUAUCUAUAA